AUGCUAAAUUUUGAUUAUUUCCAACCAAUGAAGCACAGAAAUGAUUAUUCUGUUGGCGUUCUGUAUUUGGUGGUUCUCAACUUACGUCGUAGUGAGAGAUUUAAAUGGGAAAAUGUUAUUGUUGUGGGUAUAAUUCCGAACAUGGAUCAAGAACCUAAAUCCCUGAACGAGUUUCUAAGACCACUUGUUGAUGAGUUAAAGGUUUUGUGGAAAGGA